GUAAGAAUAACCAAAUUUAUUCAUUUAGACAUAAACAUGUUCAGUCGUAGUCAUAUCUAUAUACACGAAAACUUGUAAGCAUGACUUCAUCAGAAUGGGUGAACCUUAUCUUGGACUUUGCACCUGGUAUAUUUGCAGCUUUAUUUUAUGGCAUUGUAUCAGGAUCAAUGUCAUUUAUGAAUAAGACUGUUUUAACAGGUUAUAGCUAUCACUAUCCUGACAUUGUAAUGCUGUCGCAAAUUGUUGCAACAUCAAUAGCGUUAGAAGUGUGUAGAAGGAUUAACAUGUGUGAUAUACAACCAUGGACUUUAAAGAGAGGUAAAGACUUUGCUAUCCCGAGUUUCUGUUUCGCUCUGCAUACGACCUUAGCACUGGCAGCUCUAGAUGACUUGUCCAUACCCAUAUAUAAUGUGUUGCGUCGCAUGCUCCCUCUCGCCAGCCUAAUCAUGAGUGUGAUUGUGUUGCAGAAAUAUCCAUCCAGAGGAACCGUGGCUUCAGUUUCUCUCAUUGUGACUGGAACUUUAUUUGCAGGGAUUGGAGAUUUAAGUUUUCAAGUUAUUGGAUACAGCAAUGCCAUCCUGAGUGUACUGGCACAGAGUGUUUACCUCACGUUUGUGCAGAAGACUGGGCUAGAGAAAGGAGGUUCUGCUUUGUCUGUUCUUCAUUUAAAUAGUAUCAACUGCAUACCGAUGUUGUUGUUGUUCACUGCUUUGAAUGGACAUUUAGUAAAAGGCUUCCAGUUUCCAGGAUUCUCUCAAAUCGGAUUUCUGGUGUACUUCACCCUAAACAUAUUUCUUGGUUGUAUUCUCAAUUACUCUUUAUUCUUAUGUGCUACUAAAAACUCAGCUUUGACUACCAGUUUUGUGGGUGUUAUCAAAGGCGUUAUCACGACCAUCAUUGGAUUCUUUACCUUCGGUGGUGUCCACUUCACCUUCCUCGCUGUUGGUGGAGUAACGUUAAACGCAAUAGGAGGUGUUUUAUACACGUAUGUGAAAUAUAAGGAAAAGAAAAACCAAAUUCAUCUCUUAUUAAACACGCCUUUAAGGUCUCCAUUGAGAAGAAGUAAUUCGAAAACCAGUGAGACUGCAAACGGUAUGAUUACAAGACAUAGACUUGACUCGGGUUGCGACACUGACGAGUCGAUAAAACCCAAUGGACACGUAACUAUCGAUUUCUCUAGGUAGCAUUUUGUUAAUUUUUUUGUUAGACUGUUGGGGUUGGUAAUUAUAAACUUAUUGCACCACAAUUUAUCCUGCAUUUUACAUACAGCUGGCUGUGCUAGGGUGGUGGGUAAAUUACUAAACAAGGGACAAGAGCAACGAGGGAACCGUUUAUCCGCGAAAA